UCUCCUCCUGCUGCACACUGUGGCUCUCCUGUCUCUGCAAGCAGGUGACUGCAAGGACGCGCUGUGCGGGAUCCGAGGAAACGCAGGAGGUUCCCCUCACAGCGCUGCCAUUAAAUUCUCGUCACGUUCGCGAGAAAGGCAGGAAUUAGAUCACCGUAGAGGGGCCUGAGAAGAACCCCAGUCCUCCCAGUUUGCCUCCACGCCUCUCACUCAGCUUCCUACAUUGUCUUCUUGACUGACUCACCGCGCUAAUCUCUUCAAGCUUGAGGACAGCAUGACAGGAGGACCGAAGGACGGCGAAACGGAGGAGGAGUUUCUGCAUUCGCCGUUCAUCAGAAAACAAGGGAACAUAUACAAACCUAACAACAAAGACAUGGACAACGACAGUCUGAACGAGAAGACGAUGGAGGAUGUCCACACCAAAGAGAUCGAUCUGGUCAACAGGGACCCAAAGCGCAUAAACGACGACGUUGUCAAGGUAGACUUUGAGGAUGUGAUCGCCGAGCCUGCGGGGACCUACAGCUUCGACGGCGUGUGGAAGGCCAGCUUCACCACCUUCACCGUCACCAAGUACUGGUGCUACCGGCUGCUGACGGCGCUGGUCGGCAUCCCCCUGGCGCUGGUCUGGGGAAUCUUCUUUGCCAUCCUCUCCUUCAUACACAUCUGGGCUGUGGUACCGUGCGUCAAGAGCUACCUGAUCGAGAUCCACUGCGUCAGUCGCGUCUACUCCAUCUGCGUGCACACCUUCUGCGACCCGCUGUUCGAGGCCAUGGGCAAGUGCCUCAGCAGCAUCCGAAUCCGCACGACCAAGGAGGUGUAGCAUCCGCAAAGAGGAGGAGGAGGAUUAACGGAAAGAGGGGAGGGUGGAAGGGGGGGCGCGAGCCACACAGAUGGAGGGAAAAGUCAGAGAAAAAUAACUGUGGAAAACGAGAGGUGACUUUUCCGGAGCUGGGCGGAGGUUGUUUGGAAGUGAAGGGGGGUGGUCACCUGACUCCGCCUUUUUCCACCAGCUGUUUUUUUCUCUCCAGUGUUGGUGUAACCAAACGGGUGGGCACAGGGAAUCAAAGGGUCGUUCUCCGGGGUUUUUGCUGUUGUUUUUUUUGUGUUCUCUAGUUUUGUUUUUCUCUUCUUCCCUGUUAACUUUAACCAAGCAAGCAGCCGAGCUCCAUAUGUGUUUUCUGUUAGUUUUGCCACAUGAUGUAAAUUCCUUCUGUUCUUACUGUGGAGAGCUUAUCAUGUCGAUUGAUUCAUGUGAAGAGGGGAUGUCGGGGUCUCCUCUCGGGCUUAUUUGUGUUUUUGGGUCGUUGUGCAGGGCGGGAUGGGGUCAAAGCGCUGCCAGAUUCUCUCUGACUCAGCAAAAACCAAACAACUGCACGGGCCAACCAGCACAGCAACACCCCUCCUGUCUGCCCUCCAUGACCUCCACCCUCCCCCCCCGCCUUCACCGGGCUUUCCAGCAGUCUCACACACUGAACCUGCCCUCGUUCCUGCAUGCACCUGCGUCCAGCACCUUGCCGUCCGCCGCCGCCACCAGCCUUUAGUAACACAGAAAUGUUCUCGGCUCACUCGCUCUGUGCAUCAGCUUCUUACUUCACCUCCACCUUCAUCCGCCUUAUCCUCAUCAUGUGUGACAGAGAAUGUUAGAAUUUGAAUUUUUGCAAGAACUUGAGUUUCCAGAUCAGUUUCAUUUUGUCAGUGAACUGCACGCCACCAAAGCUCAGCAGCGAAUGAUUUUAUUUUCUGUGAAUAUGAAGAACUUUGAGGGGUUAACUUCAGUUCUGUCGUUUCAGCAUCCUGUAUGUACUGUAUGGCUGUUUAACAGAAAACGAGACUGAGGCCUCAAUCCAGUGCGCUAGUCUGUGGCUAAGUGCUGUUAGUGAAGAGCACAUGAAGAUCUCCUCUCUGUAUUGCAAAGGUAGUAGGAUACAAGCAGUUACUUUUGCACACUCUGCACACAUAGUUAAAAACGUGCAGUACGUCCACAGGUCAGCGCACUGGAAUCAGACAAUGUGAGGUGGAACGUGUGAGUUUGGAUGCAUUUUUAUUUGUCAUCUGGUUACUGUUUUUGCACCCUUUUUUUCCCCUGAUUAGUUUGUUCUGCUGCCUUGCUUCUCGACUGUGGACACGAUGCCGAAAAGCAUCAAAGCGAUGCCUUCCCGCCCCAGAGAUGGGUGAGGGCGGAGAUGUUCGGGUGGGGUGUGUUUUAAUGAGACGUUAAGCUCACUUUGACUCUGUCACCUUCGGUCUACCUGCUGCCUUCUCACAGGGAUGGUAAUAUCAUAGCACCUGCUCUUUGAAAUGAGUGUUUUUAAGCUCUAAAGGUGAUAUUUUUAUAAGAAUUUUUUUCCCUUUCUUGCUUUUACUGUACAAUAUCACGCUGUGCACAUUAAAAUUUAAUAUAACACAGUG